AUGGGUGGCAAAGAUGGUGAUGGUGGUGCUUGUGUUUCCAGUUGGUGGGAAGAGCAGGUUCAAAAAGAAGGAGACAAGAUCUGCCCUUCAGGAAAACCGCCAAACGUUUGUGAAGAAUGGCAGCUGACUGUGGUGGGACUUCCGCACCCCUGUGUUCAAGCAUUCACAUCCACUGUCAAGCUCUGGAGACGGGGCUGUGUUGGCUCAGGACGGUGUGUGGGUUAUGAAAGAAGGACCCGGUACUACACCAUCUAUAGACAGGCAUACAGUGUGGAGCAACAGACCGUCUACAGGUGCUGCCCCGGUUGGAGCCGGCAGGACCAUGAACCUGGCUGCCUUCGCUCUGCCUCUGCAGUGGGGACUUGUUUCCAUGGGAGGAGCCGCUCAGACAGGGAAGCCCAGCGGUGCCAGUGUUUCGGCGGUUUUCAGGGACCCCACUGCCAAUAUGAUAUAAAUGAAUGUGCCGUGGACAACGGUGGCUGCCGAGACCAAUGCUGCAAUACGAUUGGCAGUUACUACUGCAGGUGUCAUGCUGGCCAGAAGCUGGAGCAAGAUGGCAGAGGAUGUAAAGAUAUCGAUGAAUGUGCGGUGGUGAACGGGGGCUGCCAGCAGCGCUGUAUUAACACUCUGGGCACCUUCCACUGUGAGUGUGAUACAGGAUACAGGCUCCAUGCUGAUGAACGCACCUGCAUAAAGAUGGACCCCUGCACAGGUGGAAAUGGAUGUGCCCACAUCUGUCAGAGUGAGAACGGAGUGGCCAAGUGUGCCUGUCACCCAGGCUACCAGCUGUCUGAAGACAAAAAGGCCUGCGGAGACGUGAACGAGUGUGCUGGAGGGCGGGCUCACUGCAGCCAUCGCUGUGUUAACACAGUGGGAUCUUUCACCUGCGCCUGCCACCCUGGCUUCCAGCUGGGAGCUGACAGGACACAGUGUUACAGGAUUGAAUUGGAAAUUGUCAAUAGCUGUGAAAAGAACAAUGGUGGUUGUUCUCAUCACUGUGAACAUGCACUUGGUGGGCCCCGUUGUUCCUGUAACCAUGGAUACCAGCUUGAUGCAGAUGAGAAAACAUGCAUAGACCUUGAUGAAUGUGAGACUGGAGAAGCCUGCUGUGCACAGCUCUGCAUCAACUAUCCAGGGGGCUAUGGAUGCAGCUGCCAGGAAGGCUUUCAGCUCAGCACUGACGGUUGUGGAUGUGACGGUAUUCUCCUGUGUGGUCUUAUGGCUUUAGAUGAUGAUGAGUUAGAGGAAGAAGAAGAGGCAUUAGAAGUUGUGAGGUUUGCAGGCCUUCUGUUCAAGAGCCCACCUCAACUGCUUCAUUACGUUAGUACCUCACUGCCUCCCCCCUACCAAGAUGAAGAAGAUGAGGAGGAAGAGAGAACCGAUAUUCGCGAACUGGCUGCUUUGCCAAAAGUUGUCUGUGUAGGUGACACCUUCGGGCCUGAUUGCAGCUUGAGCUGUGAGGACUGCAUGAAUGGAGGCAGGUGCCAGGAAGGGGAGCCUGGGUGCUCCUGCCCAGCGGGCUGGAGUGGCGUUCUGUGUAAUGAAAGUUGUUCCCCGGAGACUGGUGGGAAGGAGUGUGGAAACAUCUGUGAUUGUCAGAAUGGAGGCACUUGUGAUCCGCUGUCUGGGAGGUGCCAGUGCCCCCCCGGGGUGCAUGGGAAAACCUGUGAACACGGAUGCCCAAAAGGACUCUUCGGGAAGAACUGCAAAAGGAAAUGUAACUGCGCCAACAAUGGCCAUUGCCACAAGGUGUAUGGUGCCUGUGUGUGUGAUCCAGGGCGCUAUGGGAGGUUUUGUCAUCUGAACUGUCCCAAGGGGACCUACGGAGCUGGCUGCUCCUCAGAAUGCCAGUGUGUGGAGGACAACACCCUGGAAUGCAGUGCCAAAAAUGGCAGUUGCACCUGCAAAUCUGGUUACCAAGGCAACAGAUGCCAGAAAGGUACAAUCUGA